CUGUCUGAAGAACAUAAAAACCGGGAGAUCCUUUGUGGUGUUGAAAAGUCAAAGAUUUGCUCUCCUUGAAAUUGACGGUGAAGAAUCAACAGCGAAAGGCCUCCCUCCGUUUCCCGAGACAAGAGCUGCCAAUGCCAAUUCCAUUCCCUGUUUUAGUAAGCAAUGCCCCCUAUUAGUAUAAUCCUCAAUAUCCUAUCUUAUCUCCAUUUUCAUCUUCUUCUCUCAUAUUUCUCAAACUCUGCAGCAGCAGCUUUCGCUUAUUGGGAAUUCAAUUCGCAUAUUUUCUUUGAAUCAAAUUUCCAAUUUAAUGGCCGCUGUGGCUGCUUGUAAACGCUUGAGUAAAAUCGGAACCAAUUCGUGGAUGACAAGCGGAGUUAGCAGAUUUAAGGGAGUGGUUUCCCCUCUCGAUACGUCAACGUUUCUUCCCUCGGCAAUUCGAUUGUCAGCUUCUCCUUCUCCAUUCUCACAAUGCAGACAUGUUUCUCAGCAGCUCGUGAAGUCAAAUGGAAAAAGAUUGUUUCUCAUAGACACAUUAGCUUUGGUUAGGAGAUUCGAGGCGGAAGGUCUGCCUUCGAAGCAAGCUGAGGCCAUAACAGUUGCCAUAACUGAAGUUUUGAAUGGCAGCUUGGAAAAUCUGUCUCUUUCGGUUGUUUCCAGGGCUGACAUGCAGAAAAGUCAAAUGACUCAAGAAUCCAAUCUUUCGAAGCUGAAAUCAGAAGUUCAAAGUUCUCAGGAGCACCAUUAUUCAUUGCUGCAACACGAGAAUGAGAAGCUUCGGCAUGAUAUAGAGAAGAUGCGCAGUGAACUAAGACAUGAAAUUGACAAAGUCAUCGCGGAGCAUCGACUGGAUUUGAAUCUUGAAAGAGGGCGAAUUAGGGAUGAGCUCACAGAUCAGAGUGCUGUAACAUCUAACCUCACUAACACACUUGACCGGGAAAUUCAUACAUUAAAGGCUCAUCUGGAAGGUGCAAAAUACGACUUGAUAAAAUACUGCAUAGGUACACUCGUUUCUAUAUCCGCAGUCGGUCUUGCCAUGGUUCGUAUACUGGUGUAAUCAUUCAGUGACAGAGUAACCCCAAAAGAGGGAAGAGGCAGAUGCUCUUUUUCUCUUUUCUUUUCUUGUAAAUGGAAAAUAGCUCAGUUUUGGUGAAGCUAUUCUUCAUUUGUGCCACUUAGGAUUUUAGUUCGGUUGAAUGGAAUGGUUGAGGGUCGAGGUAGAGACAUCGAGUUCGAGCCUUAUAGCUCUCCUUUUGUAAAA